UGUCCACAGUAUUGUGCUUCAUCUGCAUUAGUAUACUUGUGAUAAAUCCAAUCAUGUUUUCGAUUUUUGAAAUAUUAGCUUUAACAACACUCUGCGCUAGUGUCGCUCAAAGUGAAAUAUUGACGCCAUGCCCUCUUAACGACAUAGUCUGUUUCGAGAAGUCCAUUAACAAUGCCCUGCCUCAGUUACUGUCUGAAGACAAAACCCUUGGAGUCGAAUCGUCUGAUCCCUUGAAACUUGACAUGAUUGAGGCAGACGUGCCCGAUGUUAAAUUAAAAAUUUUCUCUCCCAUCACUACGGGAUUCAAGAAGUGUGUUGCGAAAAAUGUGAAACUAAGCUUAGAUACACUAAAAUUGCACCUGGAGCUUGACUGUCCGAAUCUAGAAACAACUGGCAAAUACGACAUCUCUGGACGUCUCAUCACUUUACCAAUUGAAGGAAAGGGAGACUUCAAAAUCUCUGCGGGAUCUUACAAUAUCAUAAUCGAUGGUGAUUUGGAAACCGUGACUGGAGAUGAUAACAAAGCAUAUCUCUCCAUCAAAUCUUUCAAACUUACAUACGAAGCAACAGCUCCAAUUUCUUUCGACUUCAAAAACCUUUUUAAUGGACAAAAGGAUCUGGCUGACGGUGCCAUCGCUUUUGCUAACAAGAACUGGAAGCAGGUCUCCAGUCUCCUGCAGGAACCUAUAUGGAACAAAAACAUGAACAAAAUCAUUUCUAACAUCAACAAAUACUUAAUGACCGAAUCACUUGAUAAAAUUUUCUUAUCAUCAUAGGUUAUUAAAGUAAAAAAACUAUAACAGGUACAUUCGUAGCACAUAUAACCUAUGUAUCACUCUCUGAAUCAUGUACUGUAACCAUCAAAUAGAUAUUGAAUAAUUUGUUUCAAUCUCGUGUUUUUUGAAUGACACAAUAAUAUCGCUAUAAUAGUAGCUCUCCUGAACUUUGAGAGCUGAUAUAAAAAACACCGUAGUUUUAAACAUGUUAUAAUUUUACCUUAUUAAUAAACUAUUAUAUAUAUGUC